UCACUGGGUAAGUUGUCCAGUCGAAAGUUAAUGAGUCGACCCCGGGACCCAGCCAGUCAGGUUACAACAGUCAGAGGAGGAGGACGCAUACAGUCAUGGCUCAGCCCAUCAGUUACUUCUCUCCUGGACCCGCCAAAAUCCCCGAUGUGGUACUGGAACGAGUGCAGGAGCAGCUGGUGCAGUAUGGCACCACCGGUGUCAGCCUUAUGGAACUCUCACACCGCUCCAAGGAGUUCGCUGUCUUCUUGAAUGCAACCGAGGCCAUCAUCAGAGAAUUAAUGUGUAUACCGGACAACUACAAGGUGCUAUUUAUGCAGGGUGGAGGUUGUGGUCAAUUUGCAGCAGUCCCACUUAACCUCAUCUCACGGACAGGCAAGGCUGACUAUAUAGUUACAGGGUCGUGGUCAUCUAAGGCAGCACAGGAGGCUGCCAAGUAUGGAAAAGUGAACCAGGUGGUGCCCAAGAGGGAGCGUUACACAGGUGUCCCAGACCGGUCCUCCUGGACGCUGGAUCCAGAUGCUUCCUACUUCUACUACUGUGCAAACGAGACCAUCGAAGGUGUGGAGUUCCACAGUGUGCCUGAAGUGCCAGAAGGAGUGCCACUUGUGUGCGACAUGUCCUCCAACUACUUCAGCAAACCCGUUGACGUGUCAAAGUUUGGACUUAUUUAUGGAGGUGCCCAGAAGAACAUUGGGUGUGCAGGUGUGACUCUUGUCAUCAUUAGAGAUGACCUUCUAGGAAACUCUCAGCCUAUAUGCCCAACUAUUUUUGAUUACACAAUUAUGGCAAAGAAUAAAUCAAUUUACAACACGCCACCAUCAUUUGCAAUCCACGUGCUUGGGGAGGUGCUGAUCUGGGUUAAGGAAGAAGGUGGUGUGGCAGAAAUGGAGAAGAGAGCACUCCAAAAAAGUAAGCUGAUCUACUCCAUCGUUGAUGAGUCCCGUGGCUUCUACAGUAACAGCAUUGACCCUAUCAACAGAUCCAGGAUGAAUGUGGUGUUUCGUGUGGGCAUGGGCGGUGGCAGUGAGGAACUGGAGAAGAAAUUCCUGGAUGAAGCAGCCCAGCUCGGCCUUCUCUCCCUUAAGGGCCACAGGUCCGUUGGGGGUAUCCGAGCCUCUCUCUACAAUGCCAUCACCAAGGCUGACACCCAGCGUCUGGCAGACUUCAUGACAAAGUUCCUUAAGGAGAACAAAAACUAAUGUUAAUCCUUUCACGGCCUUAUAUUUUUCAGUGUUGUACUGUAAAGGAGCACUUGUUGAUAUAUAUAAAACUACAUUUGACAA